GUUAUUAUUGUCACUUUAAUUUUAAAUUGAUUUUAUUUUAUUUAAUUUGACGUAUUAUUGAUAUUGUUAUUAUAUUAUUAAUUAUUUUGGUAUUAUUGACAACUUUAUUAAUUGACACUUAAAUAUUUGUACGCCUAUAAGGCAGAAUACAUGUUCUAUCUAUAUCAUGACCACCUGAUUGUAAUUCUGUAUUCUGACAAAUAAAUGAUUUGAUGUAAAAGGCGAAUGUAAAAGAAGAACGAAAAUAAUCAUGGUUCGAUUCCCGUUUGAGCCAUAUUUUUUUCAUCUCUUCACUUAAAUUUAGUUUAAAUGAAGCACGUGUGAAAUGAAUUUAUAUGUAGCCACGUCAAAGCGAUACCAGUAUUAGGUAGGACUAAUAAAUUAUGUAUGCUGUCUUAGAAUAUAUCUUAUACUGUUUGUUUCAGAACUAUGUAUAGAUGGCCGGCCUUCCAGCCGAUUUUAUUAGUUUCUACCGAAACUAGACGGGUAUUCGCUAUUCGGUUAACAGACGCCACCGUGUGCGCGCGUGGGCAAGUGCUACGCUCCUCGCGAGAUCUAUCCGUGAUAAACAUCGAAAAAAUCGAAACUGAUUCGGGAAAAAUGUGCUGUUGUAAACCAUUUUCUUUUCUUUCAACAGAUUUUAGUGUGAUCGAUUAGAUUAGAAAAAUUGUGAAGAUAAUUAUCGAUUCAAUGCAUUCGUGAAUUAAUGCAUAAUGUAAAUAAUUUUCUCUUGUAAGACUUUUUAAGCACUCACAAUGCAGCGGACCAAUAAUGACUACUGAAAAUAAGUAUAGCCUCUGACACUGCUUAAUAUUGACUGUAUUUAUAGUGUUUCAGAAAAAAUGCGAGCAUGUUUUUUUCAAUUCAAUAAUAUUUAUUAAAAUAAAUUCAAGCGAUAUUGGAAUGAAAAAAUGAAAUUUCUAUUGUAUAUUAUUGUGUUAUCGAGUACUUCGGUAUGGGGCUUCAACAACAGCUGUUGCGAAUCUGGGCGAGUGAUGUUAAAAAGAAAGACUACCUGUUGGGAGCCAGAAACCAACUCGACAGUCAACAUACAUUUGAAUUGUCCCAAGAGAAAUAAGCAAAAGCUGAACUACACGAUUGACGACAAAGGAACCCUAAUUUUUUAUUAUUAUGUGGUACUACUACAAGAAAAUCGAAGAAUAGAAUUACCUUUUGGGAAAUACUGCAUAGGACAGCAGACCGUUCUUAAUGACACGAAGCUAGAGAAAACAGAAAAUGCAGUCGUGUAUUGCCUGGACGAUGAAAGCGAUGACCCGGUCACUACCGACGUCAAAGCUUACUGUAUGAUAGUGUCGGCAAUAUUCUUAGCGCUGACUGCGAUGGUGUACUUGUUGUUACCAGAAAUAAGAGACCUCUUGGGAAAAAGUAUAAUAAAUUACUGUGUUAGCUCAGCAUUAGGAUUUAUGCUACUUAUUAUUAUGAGCCUGAUGGAAUACUCUGAUAUGAAACUCUGUGCAGUGAGAGGAUUUCUGACGUAUUUUUUCAUUGUCGCCAGUUUCUUUUGGACGAAUGCUAUUUCAAUUCAAAUUAUUAUAAGUAUGAAACGGCCUUACCUAUACGAUAGAGGUUGGCAAGAAUUUGUUCGGUACGCAAUAUACGCGUGGGGCUGCGCGGGCGCACUCACUCUGUGUGUGGUGAUCGCUAACUACUAUCCCGGGGACCAUAAGCGCCCGGGGAUUGGUCUCAUGCAUUGCUGGUUUGUUGACAAUCAUCAUGUAUACUACUUGUACAGCGUGAUGGGGGUUAUAAUAAUAGCAAACACUGUAAUCUUCUCGUGGUGUCUGUACCAUCUUUGGUCACAGAGUUUCAAUUCCAGUCAUAUCAAGGCCGUAAAGUAUAAGUGUAUGUUGAGUUUGAGACUGUUUCUGCUGAUGGGAAUACCGUGGAUCUUUGAAAUAAUCAGUUCCUUAACAGAAUCGGGUAUAGUCACAGCCAUAUUGGACGUCUUCACCACUCUUCAAGGACUACUUACAUUCGUGGUUCUAGUACUGCUUCGACAGAGGGCGUUGAAAGCGAUGCUGAAGCACGGCUGGCUUUGCUGCUUGUCGCCGUCGGUCGAGAAGCACUUGGCACUGGUGGAGGACGUGGAAGACAUAGCCGAGCAUACAGUGGACUACAGAUUGGAUGAUCAAAAAAAAUAACGGAACCACCAAUGGCGUGGCAGGGUAGUUAUAGAAAGACUAAAUUAUUGUUAAUAUUUUAUUGAUUUUAUCAUGGGCCGGGUUGAGAUUGAGCUUGGCGAUGGCUGAUCUCGUUCUUACAAUAUCUUUGUAGUCAUUUUAAGCAAUCAAGAGCCAUGCGAUAACAUGAAUUAUGUAGGUAUUAUUUUUCUUUGAUUUUACAUAAUUAGAAAAAAAAAUAAAACUGACUCUGCCCUCUCGCUCCUUAAUAAAAGCAUGUCAAAUUCACGCUCGAUCUACGUUGCUUGAUAAGUCGAGAUGCAACAUUUUAUCUAACCGUAUAACUAUAUUGUAUAUAUUUAAUUCGUAUGAGUUUUAACAGAUGUUAGAGAUACAAUUACCUAAGUAUUAUGUGAUAAUGGAAAUUUAAAUUUAGUUAGUAUUAUUUACUUCCGAUAAGAUACUUCAUGAAAACUCAUACUGUAAACGUUGUCUAUUGUACAUUUGUAUAUAAUAAGAAGUAAUGCCAGGAGUAUACUAGACUUUUUUUAAUUUUAUUGUUAAGGGCAACUCAAAACAGCUUUAACGUAGGUAUGUCUAUUUCUAAUAAUAAUAAUAUUGUAAGUAUGCAAUUAUGCAUAUAAUGUCUUAAUUAUUACCACAUCGUGUUUAUUUGUAUGUCUUUGAACCUGUAUGUUUAUUGCGUAUUUCCUAUUUAAAAUCAAAUAAGCAAGAUAUCUGAUUCCUUUGUUUCCCUUACAUGACGUAUUUUGAUAACUCUAGUCAAAUACCUAUUAAGAAGUUAUGCUGAAAAUUUAAUUAAUAUUUCUAUUUAAUGAACAAUUUCCUUAUUGCACAAUAAAAUCUUUGUCAUGA